CAUUACAAUUCCUGCGCAAGCAAUAAGACCAGCCCUCGACCACUGACCGCAAUUCUUCCGAGCGUGUUUGCCGUUUGCUAAAAGUAUGCAUUUUUGCGUUUAAAGUAACGAUACACGAUGAGGAAAGGCUGAUACAAUAGUGCACAGGCUCUACGAGCGCCUGGUUGCGGUUUAAGCACUGGGCAGGCGCCCCGCCUGCCCACAAAUCGGCGAGGUAGCUCGGCAAGAUGUCGAAACCAAUAUUGGCUCGGUACGUGCCGCAGCUGCCGGAUGGCUGGGUCAAGUGCCCACGCUUUGGGGAUCCGCGCUUCUUUGAGGGCCUCAACAUUAUCCCCUGCAAAGUCCCGCUGGGGCGGCACUUCGACCAGCAGACUGGCGCCAGCGGGAGGUGGACGCUCGCAGACGCCAUCCGGCAGUUCCGGGGCUACGGCAUGGAGGUGAGGGCGGCGGGCCAGGCGCCGCCGCGGCUGCGCUACCUCAUCUAUGACGUGUGCAUGAUCAAUGCCACACCGCUGCUGCAGAAGCCCUGGAAGGAGCGCUACCGCGCCAUUGACAGCGACAUCGUCAAGCCGCGAACCACGGAGCGAGCCUACAUAGACGAUUGGCGCAGGCCGGGGCGGGGGGCCUGGGACCCCGCGCGGGCCGAGUACCUGUCGCCGCCGCUGCAGUACGACUACGCGGCAGAGGCCUUCAGUGUGCGGCAGAAGCCCUUCUGGCCCGUGCACCAGAUCGACAAGGUGUUUGAGCGCUUCCACGACCCGCACAAGGUCGGCCACGAGAGCGACGGACUCAUCCUGCAGGGCUACGAGCACCAGUAUGUGCCCGGCACCUGCGAGCUGCUGUACAAAUGGAAGUUCGCACACAUGAACAGCGUCGACUUCAAACUGCGCUGCGCCACCGUGCCGGACCCGGAGGCGGCGGCAGACCCGGCCAGCGGGCGGCGGCCGGUGAUGCUGGACCCGGCCCACCCAGCGCCCCUCACGCUGUACCUGCUGGACCAGAACAAAACCCGCGGGAGCAACAUCGUGGACGUGCCGCUGGAGCGAAUCGACCCGCACGGCAACUUCCACGUGGAGUUCCCGCCCGGUGUGGACCCGCUGGACUACGACGGCAAGCUGUGCGAGUGCACCUUUGACCGCGAGCGCGGCGUGUGGCUGUUCAUGCGCGAGCGCAAGGACAAGGACACCGCCAACGGCUCACGGGUCUACCUGCGGAUCAAGGAGUCCAUCAUCAACCACGUGGACCAGGACCUGCUGGUGGGGACACUCAAGGACAGCCUGAUCAACAGGCCGGAGUACGCCUCGGACCGCGCGCACCUAGGCCCGGCGGAGCUUGAGGUGCUGCGGCGGGAUGUGGAGGCGUGGCGGGAACGGCAGCACAUGCAGUACGAGCAGCAGCAGAUGCAGCAGCACCACCCGCCGCCGCCGGGGCACGGCCGCGGAGCAGGAGCAGGCGGCGCCGGGCAGCGCGGCAACGGGCACGCGGCCGCAGGUGCUGGCGGCGGCGCAGGGGCGGCUUAUGGCGAGGGAGAGGACGGGCCGCAGCCUCUGUCGCCGCCGGGAGGCGACCCGCACGGCAACGACGACGACUACCACGGCGGAGACAACGACGGCGGCACGUACAAGGUGUCUGACGCAGACGACGGCGCGAGAGCGGCGCUCAAGCGAAAGCGCGACCCGGGAGACGGGGAAGGCGGGGAGGGCGGGCACGGGGAGGACGGGCACGGGGGCGUGCCGCGUGGGCGGACCACGGUGUGGGGCCCCGAGAUUGACGAGCCGCACGAGCACUGCCCCGCCUAUGAGGGUUUCGGUUUCUAAGGAGUUCUUACGAGUUUCUAUGGCGCUUCUAAGGACUGGCGGGCGGGGCCGGAGGCAAUGUGUGCACGGGUCGUGUUGCUGCUGUGCCUGAGUCGCGGCAGCAGCGCGAUAAGCCACGUGGGCCUGGGACAUGAUGAUGGGAAGAUGCAUGUCGGCGCUGGAAGGCUUCGCAACGACAACAUCUCCGGGUGCAUUGGCCUUCGCUAUAUAUGGCAUUUGCAGGACGGGCGUCUUGCACGUGUUGCCGGGUUGGAAGCAGGGGCAGUCAAUGAGGAGCGACGUGAAUCGGGAAAUCGGACUUCGAAACGACUAUGGAGGUCCAAGAGCGAAGGGCUGAGGCCGGGUGGGUUUCAGCAACGAGUGAGCCACGGACCAACACAACCGUGGUGUGUGCAGGCGCUUGUUGUCAGGCGACGAUGGGCCAGGCCAAGUGGAUAGGAGGGUGUGAUGGACAAGGGUAAGGGGCUAGUUUACGUAUAGUCCUGUAGGAGCCACGGUGUUGGCGCGCUUGGCCGCCGCGGAGGAUCCUAAGGCCGCCCUGGAUUGCGCAUGGGGGGCGGCCGAUGGCGGUGCGGCGCCUGCGGCCAACACGUGGAUCCGUACCGUGUAGAAGCACACGCAGGGCCGUGAGCCGUGACUGCUGAUGGCUGCUGAUGGCUGCAAGGGGCUCGGGGCGUUGCAAGGCGUGGGGCCGUGGCGUUGCAGUUUCGCGGCCAAGCAAGCCCGUUAGCCCGGCAAGCCGGUAGUCAGGGAUGCUACGGAUCAGCGUAGGCCCCGAUGCUGCUCGUGCGGACUGUGAAGGCCUGAGCCAACCGCCCCCCCCCCCCAUGACCCAGUACGAGCGCGCAGUCACCGCGCAGGGCAUGGGUCGUGCAAGCACGAGGACAGGCCUCUCGCUUUCCCGCUCCCCAGCUACGGGCUUACCCUGCCGUCCUUGGCUCUUUGAUUCCUCGCCUGCCUCUGCGGUGCCAUCGCCAGCAGGGCUAUGCAUGGGGGCCACUGGAGCUGGCAGGGACCAGGCCGAGGCCGUCGAGGACCCGGAGUGAUAGGCUCCAGACAUGAAGAAGUUCAAUGGCCCGCUACGAAACAUUUUUUGGGGCCGACGCACAGUUUCACGCUUGGAGUAACUCUCAAUCUCUUUUGGUG